AUAGCCUUUUCGUAAAUUUGACGAACAUCAGAGAAAAUUAUAACGGUGAACACAACCAUGACAUUCUUAUCCGAAAACAGUACACAGAUAACCAUCCAUGCAGCUUCGAGUAAUUCCGACCAAGCUUGUGAAAUAACAGCCGACUCCGCUGUAGAGGUUACAGCUAAAGCUCUGGCUUAUAUUUUUAUUUUCAUGGUUUCGUUUUUCGGAAAUAUCUUUCUUCUUGUGGUCAUUUACAAGAACAAGCAGCUACGAAGAUCCGUCAACUACUUCGUUUUCAACAUGGCUGUAUCUGACCUCUUCAACCCUUUGACCGUCAUAACUGUGAAGAUCGUUGAGAUCAUUUCAGGCUCGGAAUCCUGGAAAGUUGAUCGUCCGUGGCUGCUAGGAAACAUUCUAUGCAAACUUGCCUACUUUCUGCCAGAUGUUUCCCUUUUGGUUUCCAUCGGAAGCCUUCUUUUGAUCUCGAUAGACAGGCUCUUCGCUGUCGUCUUUCCACUGAAGGCCAAACUUAUCUCCUCAAAAGUACGAUUGAUCAGCAUACUAAUCACGUGGUGUGUCGCCAUCGUCUUCCACGCACCUUAUUUUUACAGUUUCAAACUGAUCCUCUACGAAAAUAAAACGUAUUGUAUCUUAAAUUGGGGACCAGCACUCGACCACCUGAAAACACACAAGGGAUUUGUUACGGCAUCGUUUAUAACUUUUACCCUCAUUCCCGUAAUUAUCCUGGUUAUUGUGUAUAGCAUUAUCAUAUGGACAAUAAGAAAAAAGAACAAGAAAAGUAAAGAGCGAUUGUCUUGUCGUCAAAACCAUCGAGAUCAGCAGCUGAGGAAAAUUGUCGAAAUGACGAUGGCCAUCAUGAUUUCCUUUGUUACCUGCAUGACUCCUCUGCUUACCUAUUUAUUUCUUCUUAUUUUUCUAUGGAAUUGGAAAUCGCCACCCGUUUGUGCAUUUCAAACAAUUAUCCCAUUUAUCUCUUACUUUAUGCUGCAUUCAUGGAGUGCAGUUAAUCCCUGCAUUUGUUUUACCUUUAGCAAGAACUAUCGCAACGGCCUUAGGCAAUGUUUUCAUUGUGACGGUCUCAGUCGAAGGUUAUCAAGUUUGCGGGAGAACUAUCGAAUGCGAACGAUGACGAGCUCCUACGGAGACAGCUCUCUUGAGAUCCACUCAAGUAGCGUACACAUUAUCUCGUACAGCAGAAACGCUUGA